AUGAAUAUAAGCGAAAUAUCCAGAGAGCUGGGAUUGACGCGACCUACUGUGGGCCUCUGGGUCAAUCGUUUUGAAGAAGAAGGACACGUGGACGCCCGAUCAAGACAACCCGAACAUUCCUAUUUAAUAUCGGCGGAGCAGUCUCAGCGAAUGGUUAAUGUUUACGCGACUGCGCCUUUUACUCCAACGCGAACAUUCGCUGAAGAGUUUGUACUAUACGGAGAACCCUCCAAAGAGCAGGAGUUCAUCACAGAAGACCCGCAAAAAAAAAAAGAACGAACAAAACAAAAUUGA